AUGAGGUGCAAGAAGCAUCCAGCGGACCUCAGUAGCAGCGCCGGCGUCUGCGCCUCCUGCCUCCGGGAACGGCUAUUCUCCGUUAUAGCGGCACAGGAGCAAGCCCUGGCUAAGAAACAGGCCCAGGCUCGAGCCCGAGGAGAUCGCUUGAAAUUUGAUGCACAACAGCCCCCUCUUGCUUUUCCCCGGUCAGUUUCGCCGUAUAUUUCGCAACGGGAAUCUGAAACUACCGCCGGUUACGAUCAGACGUUCUACAGUAAUCCUCAGGUGGGCCCAACUGGAUCUAUAGCAAUUGUUGACAGUGGCAUCAAGAAGAAGCGUGCCAGUGGAACAAUUUCUUCUCUUUUUUCGGGUCUAUUUAGAUCCAAAUCGGGGAAACCGGACUCAGAUUCGGGUCAGAAUUCAGAGCCUUCUGUUUCGGGUCAGUUGAAUUCGCGGGAUUCUUGUAAUGCUUCUCCUUUGUGGUUUUCUAACAUUAUUCCCGGUCGGAGGAAAAAGCAGAUUCGGACGUUUUCGCUUGAUGAAAAUACAAUUGGUGCUCAACGGAGGACCUGCCGGAAUCUCAACCGAGGAAUGCCUCCUGUGAGAUAUUCCGACGAGGAUGAGCAUUGCCAUGGUGGAUCGAGCGGUUAUUCGUCGGAGUCUUCUCAAGGGUGGAAGCGAACGACUCGGAAGACACCGGUAAUGCGGCGUGGGGGAGGAAGGCAAGGGCAUAGCAGAAAUGUCUCUCACUUGGCGUUUUGUUUGAGUCCAUUGGUCCGCGCCAGCCCAAACCGGCACUGGAAUCACAUGGUAGUGCCGCCAGAGAUGGUUGUUGCCUGCGCAAGCGGAGAGAUUAGAAUUCCGACAGAGCCAUAUCUGUCCACUGCAGCGUCGCUUGGCAAGAAUCGGUCCCGUAAACUCGCUGAUUUCGGGAGGUACAAUCCUAAAAUUUAA